AAAAAUCCAGUGACUUCAGAUCCAAGGAGGAGGUGAUAUUCAUGGGAGCACGGUUCAAACUCUCACUAGGAGCACAGCUUCAGCAGCCUCUCAGCCGCUGCCCUCUCUCUGCGCCACUUCUCCUCUUAAACAUAAACUAAAGCAGAUGGGAUAAUGUUUGCUUAAAGUAACAAUUUUUUUGUGCAUUGGAAGAGAAAUAUACAUUUUUUUUAACCUUUGGACAGAUUUCAGGUGCUGAUUUGACAACCUGAAGACAUUCGGCAUGAGUCUUACCUGGGCAUUAUGAAAAGGUAUCCAGGCGUCUUUCACUGCUGGGAGAGGAUCCUUGUUUUUUUUUAAUUGAUCUGCUAACAUUCAAGUGGCUUUCCCUUAAAAUCUGCAACGCGAUCUGCCCCCUUGUUUUGCGCGCUACUUUCAAAACUUUGCACCACCGAAAUGGAGCGCGUCGGGUUAGCUGUUUUAAUGGUUCUGGCCGCUGCGCUCAUGCGGGUUGGCGACGCUGACCGGGAGGCAGCAGGUGAGAGGACCGGAGCGGCGUGGAACCAGCAGACCGGUCAGGGUCCGCCUUCCAAAGCUCCUCUGGACGUCCCGGGGACACCAACAAGCGACCAGCCCACAACUCCGCGCCGGACGCCCAGGGGAGCGUCAGCAUCCACAGCUGAAACGGCUCACGCUGCUGGCGCAUCCGGGGAAGACCUCGUCUCCACGCCGCACGACAGAGCGCAGCGCACCGCCAGACAUCCGCAAAGGAGCAAAGUGAACCGCAGGCAAAGCAGCAAGCCCGGCUCUUCCAGCACAAGGCGACUGGCUGGGCCGAACGUGUGUGGAGGUCAGCAGUGCUGCUCUGGUUGGGCGGUGGCUCCAGGAACAAACCGCUGCAUAAAACCUGACUGCCAGCCCCCCUGUCAGAACCGCGGCUCCUGCAGCCGACCGCAUACCUGCGUGUGCCGCUCAGGCUUCCAGGGGCCCCGAUGUGAGGAGGCGGCCCCGGAGCAGGUGUACAUUCGAGAACGGGGCACUCUGAGGCGCAUUCAGCCGGGCACCAAACCCUUCCAGAGAGACCCACCACAGAGAAGACCCUCAGAGACCGUCAAGGCCCAGACCCCGCGACCUGUGACCACCAAGCAGCCGGUCCAGACUCCGACCCAAGCAAGACGGGGAUCUGCACACUCCUCGCCUCAGCAGACCGGGACCUCCCGCACCGUGAAGCGUUAUCCGUCAUCCUCUGAGCCCAUAACCUCCAACGCUCUGCCCAGCGCCAAUGGCUUUUCCAACGGCCAUGGCAGCGAGAGCAGAAACUGGUAUGGCCACAGGAGCAGACAAAGCAACACGCCGUCCCUUAACGGUCACAGGCCUCCCGGCGACAGCCAUCUGCAAGGACAAUCCAACAAUGUCUUACAUCCAGCUGGGGCUAACCUCACCUCCAGCCUGGACCGCAUCAAGAUCGUCUUCACACCUAUGCUCUGCCGGAGGGUGUGCAGCGGCGGACGCUGCUACAACAGCUGCGAGAAGGGGGAUGUCACCACCGUGUACAGCGAGACCUCGCAGCAGCAGCAGCAGCAACAGCAACAACAGCAGCAGCAGCAACAACAGCAGCAGCCAAAGAACCAAGGCUUCAGACUCUUCUUCUGUCAAAUCCCCUGCAUGAAUGGAGGCCGUUGCAUUGGCAGGGACCAGUGUUGGUGUCCGGCGAACUCAACGGGCAAGUUCUGCCAUCUUCCGGCGCCGCCUCCCCCCAGACCCACUCCUCACAGCCGUAGGAAUGCGGGCCACCAGGGAGCGAAAUCACCUUCCCAUUCCACGUACACUUUGCCGCUGUCCAACCAGCAAGUGUCUCUCCACCCAUCCAUGGUGAACGUCCACAUUCAGCAUCCGCCGGAGGCCGAGGUCCAGGUUCACCAAGUAGCCCGAGUUCAGCCUGGACAGAGACCAGCCAUCACGGAGGGGGCUCACUCUGUCCAGCAGCGCUCGCAGCCGGGGAACGGACACGAACACUCGAGUGAGCACAACGGCCGACUCACACACGACAACGGCUACUGGAACGGCCACAGCACGACUCUCAUCCUCCAGAAUGGACAUGUUGGCAGAUGCUUUCAGGAAACAGUGGAUGGACAGUGUGGCAAACCUCUGCCAGGGCUAACCAAACAGGAUGAUUGCUGUGGAAGUGUGGGUGCCUCCUGGGGUCUGAACAAGUGCCAAAAGUGUCCAACUAAACCAGCAUAUGUGGUGAUUGCAAACGGACAAGUGGAGUGUCCCAAAGGUUUUAAAAGGAUGAAUGCCACACACUGUCAAGACAUCAAUGAGUGCCUGUUGCCGGGGAUAUGCAAGAACGCUGAAUGCCUCAACACCAGAGGAAGCUACAGGUGCACAUGUAAACCAGGUUAUAUGUUAGAUGCUGCCAGGAGCCACUGUGUCUCUGAUAAGGCGGUGUCCGACCACAGGGCCUCGUGCUACCGGUCGGUUUCAUCAGGAAUGUGCUCUCUGCCUCUUGUUAAUCACAUCACUAAGCAGAUAUGCUGCUGCAGCCGUGUGGGCAAGGCCUGGGGAGACGGAUGUGAUCGAUGUCCUUUGCCAGGUUCAGACCACUUCAAGGAGAUCUGCCCAGCUGGUCAUGGAUACACAUACUCACGCUCAGAUGUGCAGAUUUCUCUCCGACAGCUGGAUGACGAUGAGCUGCAGAGCACAGGAGUGACCCUGGGGGAGCAUGACUCUGAGUUUCCAUCCUCCCAGCCUUCGCGACACAACAACUCCCCUCAAACACCCCAAUUGUACCCCGAGACACCACGAGUGCCUCAGUACCCUCUGAAUCCACGAUAUCCCUCACAACCAGAACGGGAAACGCCUGUACCGCAAGAAGAUGUGGAAAUUCUGAUGUCGCCGGCUGUUGUGACUGACUCACCACCGAAUUAUCCAGAGACCUCUUCAAAUUUCCCUGACUUCAACUCGAGGCCAGAUUUAAAGGAAACAAGCCCUGGAGUUUCCGUCCCUGGCAUCAACAAGUGUGCUACUUCACCAAGCAUAUGUGGCCGUGGAAAAUGUGUUGCUCUGCAGAACGGAUACACUUGCGACUGUGAGCAGGGAUUCCAGCUCAAUGCAUUGCAGAACAGUUGCACUGACGUGAACGAGUGUGAAGUGGACCCGUGUGAGGGGAAGGGUCGCUGCAUGAACAGCUACGGCUCCUACACGUGUCAGUGCCACAGCGGCUACAGCCAGGUGAUCACCCAGAACAGGAAAUUCUGUCAAGACAUCAACGAGUGCAGCAUGCCCAGCAAGUGCCAGAACGGCCAGUGCAUCAACACGGAGGGGUCUUACGCUUGCGAGUGCAACGCCGGCUACAGCGAGUCACGGAGGGGCCUGUGCGAAGAUAUAGACGAGUGCAGGGAUCCCAGCUCCUGUCCCAACAGCAUCUGCAUCAACACUCUUGGCUCCUUCCAGUGCCAGGUCUGCGGGCCGGGCUUCAGGCCCGUCGGUGGGAGAUGUGUGGAUGUCAAUGAAUGCUUGAACCAAACCAUGUGCGGCCACGGUCGGUGUGUCAACACAGAGGGAUCCUAUACAUGCAACUGCUUCCACGGCUACACGCUCUCACCAGACAAUGUUUGCCAAGAUGUGGAUGAAUGUGUGCUGCCGGGAGUCUGCCUCCACGGCCACUGCGUCAAUCUGGACGGCACCCACCAGUGCACCUGUAACCUGGGUUACGAAGUCUCCUCAGACAGGAAGUCUUGUGAAGACCUCGACGAGUGUACGAGUGGCACAGCCUGCCCGGCGGGGAUUUGCAUCAACACAGCAGGUUCCUACACUUGCCAGAAUUGCGGGCCUGGGUUUGGACCAUCCGCUGAUGGGCUGAGAUGCGAAGACGUUGAUGAGUGUGCGCAGGGAGACCUUUGCUUUGGAGGGGUCUGUGCUAACACGGAGGGAUCCUUCGUUUGCACCCGAUGCAAAGCCGGCUAUAGAGUGUCUGAGGACAGGCAGAGAUGCGAGGAUAUUGAUGAGUGCCAGUUCCCGUCUACCUGUUCCAAUGGGAUCUGUCUAAACUCAGAAGGGUCCUAUACAUGUCAGAACUGCCCUGCAGGGUAUCAAGUGUCUUUUAAUGGGGAAUUCUGUCAAGAUAUUGAUGAGUGUGCCGUUCCAACUACAUGCCCCCGGGGACAAUGUACAAACACAGAGGGUUCAUUCAAGUGCGUCACCUGCCAGCCUGGCUUCACAGUCUCUGAUGAUGGACAAGAAUGUAAAGAUGUGGAUGAGUGCUCAGACGGUAACUUGUGUCCUGGCCAACUGUGCGUUAACACCCCAGGAUCUUACACCUGCAGGAGCUGUGGAGCUGGUUUCCAACUGUCUGAGGACAGCCACACCUGUGAAGAUAUCAACGAGUGCCAGGCCCCAGGUGUUUGCCUCACAGGUGUUUGCGUUAACACAGAGGGCUCCUUUUCCUGCAUGUCCUGCGACCCGGGUUUCAGCGUUGCACCCAACGGCCUCUCGUGUGAAGAUGUGAAUGAAUGUGAAGAUGCCAGCUUGUGCUUGGGAGGCCAGUGCACCAACACCAUUGGCUCCUAUAGCUGUUUGUGCCCAUCUGGACUCGAGUUAGUAGACAGGACAUCUUGCAGGGACAUCAACGAGUGUUUAACCAUGGCGGGGAUCUGCGGAGAAGGAAACUGUUUGAAUACGGAGGGCUCCUACAGAUGCAUGUGUCCUGAUGGAUUUACCCCCACCGAUGGACGCCCUGGCUGCCAGGAUGUGGAUGAGUGCAGCAGGGACGAUGUGUGCGUUCGAGGACAGUGCUUGAACACCGCUGGCUCUUUCCUAUGCCUGUGCGAAGUUGGAUUCAAGUUCAACACUGAUUCAGUUGACUGCGAUGACCAGGAUGAGUGCAAGGAGUUUGGAAGCUCAGUGUGUGGUACCUGGACCUGCGAGAACACCAUCGGCUCCUACCGGUGCUUCAUGCAGUGCCAGCCUGGCAUCCCUAGCGGAGACUGUGAUAUUAAUGAAUGCAACAAUGAGACCAUCUGUGGGAGCAACGGCUUCUGCGAGAACACAGACGGCUCCUUCCGCUGCCAGUGCUACCGAGGCUACACCAACCCGCCAGGAGAUGUUACCAGAUGUGUUGACCUGAACGAGUGUGAGAUGAGCUCGGCGCUGUGCGGGGAGGCCCUGUGUGAGAACUUCGACGGAAGCUUCCUGUGCAUCUGCCCCAACGACAAUGAGGAAUUUGAUCCCGAAACCAGCCAGUGCCGCUCCAUGGCCCUCACCGACGUUGAACCUGUGUUGCCAUCCACUGGUUCAACUGAAGAGAGGAAGGACUGCUAUUAUAACUUAAACGUGGCCAACUUCUGCAACAAUGUCUUGUCCCGCAACACCACCAAGCAGGAGUGCUGCUGUACAGUCGGCUCCGGCUGGGGGGACAACUGUGAGAUUCAGGCCUGUCCUCCUGUGGGAAGAGAUGAUUACAACCAGUUGUGUCCCCAUGGCAGUGGAUUAUUAACUUUACCUGGGUCUUCUUUGCUGGGUUAUGGAGAACAGCUGCGCUACAAAGAUGCUAAUGAAUGUGAAAUGUUUGGACCUGAGAUUUGCAAGAAUGGACAGUGUUCCAAUUUCUUUUCUGGGUAUACCUGCUUCUGUCAGUCUGGCUAUUUCUACGACAAAAUCAGGCUAGAGUGUGUGGAUUAUGACGAGUGUGGAUUUGAAAACCCUUGUGAAAACGGAGCUUGCGUGAACACGGCAGGAUCGUUCAUCUGUUUCUGCAGUCCUCCGUUGGUCUUGGACAGCACACAGCGGCGCUGCGUCAGUCUCAACACAACGGAAGACCACAUAGAUUUAAAUCAGGAUGUCCACGUCGAUAUCUGCUGGCGCCGACUCGAGGGGGACAACAUGUGUGCAGACUCGUUUCAGGAGCGCAGGACGACGUACACCGAAUGCUGCUGUCUGUACGGCGUGGCCUGGAGUGGUCAGUGUGCAUUCUGCCCCAGGAAGGACACUGUUGACUAUGCCUCGAUGUGCAACCUGCGUCGGACAGACGGCACGGACAGUCUACGAGAGCGGAUAGGAUACGAGUAUGGAGUUGAAGACCCGGAGCUUCCUCCAUACUGGGAUAACUACGGUGGUGGCCCUUCUGAGAGCGUUCCCAUGUUUACCGACAGUGACUACAGCAUCCCGCAGCCACCCUUUCGUGUCCCCGUCUUACAACCAGGUGGGAACCAGCCCCGACCACUGGAUCCCUAUCCAGACCGCUACGACAGCUUUGAGGGUCUCCGAGCGGAGGAGUGUGGGAUCCUGAACGGAUGUGAAAACGGACGCUGCGUUCGUGUUCGAGAGGGCUACACCUGCGACUGCUUCGACGGUUACGAACUUAACCUGGACAAGAUGGCCUGCAUAGACAUAAACGAAUGUGAGGACAUCAGUGACAAGGUCCCCUUGUGUCAGAACGGCCAGUGCAUCAACACGGAGGGGUCCUACAAGUGCACCUGCCUGCCGGGCUUCGUGGCCUCCGCCAAGCCACACAAAUGCAUCCCGGCGCUCCCGGAGACCACACUCAGGGGGGCAGAAAACUGAAACAGACUCCUCCUGCUCCCUAAAACCAUCCUCCCCUGAGAGCCUGGCUCUGAACCUCCAACAGUAACACUGUUCGUCCAAGCUUCUUUCCCCACGUGUUCCUCACAGACACAAACAUACACAUGUUUUUCUUACUCCCCACCCCCCCCUUACACGUUCAAGAGGACCAGGAACUGUGCAGUGAAUGUAUUACAUGAGAUUUAAUGUUCACCACUUAUCCGUUUGCCUUAAAGGGAUUGUUUUUGAGACUGAUUUUUUUUUUUUUUUUAAUAUAUAUAUAUAUAUUCAGUGACCCCAGGCAAAUUGAUCUGCUCAUAUAUUUUCCACAUUGUUUUUCCUCUGUCAAUUAUCUUUUUUUUUUCUCCAACUUUGUUAUUUAUUUCAUUGACAUGACGGGCCUCUGAAAAUUUAGAAAGCAUCCAGUUUCAGAGGUUAGAAUUGAUUCCUCACGUUUCUCGAAGAGACUCCGUGAGGAGUUGAAUCGUGUGUUUUUUUUUAAGAGGGGGAUUUUUUUUUUUUUUUUUGAAGAAAUCUGUCAUAUAUCAUCUUAUAUCUAUCUGGGUCGACAAACAUUUGAAUUUUUCACGCAGCUGGCUCUCUUCAGGAUUCGAGAUCAAGUUUGAAGGAUAUCUGGACCCAGCAGCCAAACGUUCACAUUAAAAGCUUUGGCAUCGCACAAGCUUCAACAGACUGCACAUGUAUAUGAGGUUCUGUGAGAUGUUUUGGAAAAAGGGUGCACUAAGUAGACUGUUUUGCACCACUUUUGACAAGAAAUCUCUGUUACUAACGCCCCGUUUCUUUAUUUUAUUACAGUAUUGAUCUGUAUAUGCUUUUAUUUAAAUGAAAGGAAAAAACAGCCUUGGUUCUAUUUUCUGCACCACAUUUUGAAAGUUAAAAAAAAAAAAGAAAUGCCUACAGCUAUCGUGAUUUAAACAAGAAAUUGGAUUUAUGCACCAGUGUCGCUUAGAAAACUUAAGCCUUCUUCAGACCGUAUCCAUGUGUUCAAUAAGUACCUUCCGUACUUAUUGGCACCCCUACUAAAGAUGUGUAAAAAUAAAUUUGAGUUCUAUUGUGCCAGCAUAAUCUCAAAUUAAUUUCUAAAACAAAAAAGUCUUUAAUUGGAGUAAAAAAACUACUUCAAAACAAAUUGUUUUUACAAAAUUACCAAUGCUACACUUAUUGGCAUCUCUCAACAUUUACCAUAAAAGAAAUGUGAAUGGAUUGUUUUUUUUUUGUUUUUUUUUUUUUAUGCUUUACGGUUUAGAGUUGCUAAGGUUGUGUCAGAGCUUUCCAUUUUCAGACUAUGGUUUUUUGUGUCCUUGGGCUUAAUAUGAUGUGACACAGAAACGUAAUUCUCUACAUCCCCAAUCCAACAUAGCAAAGAAAACACAAAAUGCCGCUCAUGUUACGCAGGCGUGUGUUCAUUUAUGUGUGUUAAUGACUCAUGAAGAUGAGUCAAGAAAUUGUUUCUGAGUUAAACAAGGUCGUGUCUACAGUCAGGGAAAUAAAACAAAAGUUCAACAACAAGUGGAUCUUGUACAGACAAAGCUGCACCAGGACUCAUUUUUAUCUUGCCGUCAAGUGCACUAAGGAGGAGGUUAAGGGAGGUAAA